AUGGUAGUCAGCCGUUAUAUUCAAGCAUGCCUGCUGCUGAGCAUUUCUGUCAAUUGUUCUUUUGUGCCAGAGCUGCCUCGUCUUGUGAGGGCCCUGGAGCAGCCGGUUGUAGCAGCAGCAGCCCCAGUGCACCAGGGAGGCGGCGUAACAGAACUGCACAAGUUUGGAGACAUACUCGUGCCGCAAGCAAAACUAGAACUUCUACGUGGGAAGCCUGCUUCACUUUACACACAAGAGCUAGCUGUACUGGUUUUUGGUAAGGAGACCCUUGAGGACUGUUGCCUGACGGGAUCUACCAGCAAGAGACCCUUGCCGACAGCUGCAGUGAAUGACAUCGUCGUUCACGUCAUGGGCAAGUUCGAGGGGGAAAACGUCAUCACUGUGCGGUCCUUCCUGCGGCGCAAGUGCAAUAACGCAGCUUUGCACAAGAGACGAAGCCCUGCGGAGUGA